AUAAACACAAGUAAACUAAGCAGGCCAAAAUUUCAAGUGCAACAAAAUUGAACAAGUCUUGAUUUGCUCUUUUAUUUAAUGAUAAGGUGUAGGAUAAUAAUGUGCGGCGUACGCCUGGCUUGAGUUUAAAAUGCUGACGCGCGUAAACAAUUGGAAAGUAGAACCAAAUUUAAACUUGCAGUGAUUUGCUGAAACCAAAAGAAAAGAAAGCUCGUAAUUUUUUGUCUUUGACAAUGUGCGACAACAGUGAAAUUUGUGAGUCAGAGGAGGCGGAGACCGUGCAAGCCUCGCCGGCUAUGCAUAAUCUAAGCGAGAUCAAAACCAACAGCAACAAAGCAACAUCAACAGAACAGUUGCAAGUGUGGCAGUGGCAAGUGGCUGAGUUGCAACAAUGGCUCAGCAGGGAAAGUAAAGAAAAGUUCUCGCGCACGCUCUACGACUGCAUCAGCCUGGAGGCCAUCGAUGGCCAAGUGUUGCUGGCCAUGAGCGAGGAAGAUGUGCGUGACUUGCGCUACAAACUGGGCUAUAAGCUCACCUUUGGCGAGCUGAAAAAGUUUUGGCUAGCGGUGCAGCAGCUGCAGCGUCAGGUUGACGAGAAGAACACCACCCGCCCAUCCACACAUAAUGUGACAACCAAUGGUCCUUUGGUAUUGCUCACACAAGCAUCCUUUCAGCCAGGCGCAGGCGGUGCCGGCGGCGGCAAUAUUCUUAUGCCUUUUGCAUCUUUGCAAGCUGCACCAACAAUCGAUCCCUGCACCUGUCCGCCCCCACUGGGCGAGUGCCCAAGUGACAUAUCCGACUGUGCCGCGUACAUAGAAGCAAAGAGACGAGUGGUGUCGCCGGAAUACUUCAAGACAGCCGUUAGCUUAGGUUACUCAUUCGUCGUCACCUGGAUCACCAGCUUUGUCAUGGUGAUUGUGCACGAGCGUGUGCCCGACAUGAAACGCUAUCCACCGCUGCCCGAUAUCUUUCUCGACAACGUGCCCCACAUUCCCUGGGCGUUCAACAUGUGCGAGAUAACCGGCUCGCUCUUAUUCACCAUUUGGCUCUUUGUGCUCAUCUUUCACAAAUACAGAACGGCCUUGCUGCGCAGAUUCUUCGCCUUGGCGGGCACCGUCUUCCUCUUGCGUUGCGUCACCAUGCUGAUUACGUCGCUGAGUGUGCCAGGCACUCAUCUGCAGUGCAAUCAGAAAGACUUUGCUAUCGAUGAUCCGAACAUUGAUAUGUUUGGUGCUUUGGUUAUUCGCAUGACGCGCGCUUACAGAAUUUGGAGCGGUCUGGGCAUGUCCAUACAGGGGGUCAGAACCUGUGGAGAUUAUAUGUUUAGUGGUCAUACGGUAGCGUUGACGUUGCUUAACUUUUUUAUAACUGAAUAUACGCCGCGCAAUCUUUACUUUCUGCAUACGUUAACCUGGUUAUUAAACAUGUUUGGUAUAUUUUUUAUACUUGCGGCUCAUGAGCAUUAUUCCAUAGAUGUUUUUGUGGCAUUCUAUAUAACUUCUAGAUUGUUUCUAUACUAUCAUACGCUAGCCAACAAUAGGGCUCUCAUGCAAAGUGAUUCCAACCGCACGCGCAUUUGGUUUCCCAUGUUUAGUUACUUCGAGAGCACCGUGGACGGCAUUAUUCCAAAUGAAUUUGAUACGUUUGGUUCGUUGAUAGAAUCAUUUGUUGGUCAAGUCAUUUACGUCAAGGACCGCAUCUUAUUGGCCACACAGCUCUCCUGGCAGAGCAACAUACAAUCGAUUUAUUCGAAUAGAUCUUCGUUGAAUGUAAAUAACAAAUCAGAACAGGAUGUUUAUACGCGCACUCGUGCUGCAGUUUCCAAAUAUUUCAGCUCCCAUCGCUCGAUGGGCAGCACUGUAAGCAUUAGCAAUACAGGAGUUAUAUCAACCACGCCUAUUAGAACUAGCCCUACACCUCGAAGGCGUACAGUUGUUGAUGCCGGUGUGAAUGUGAAUGUCAUACCAGUUACGCCUAAUAGCGAUUCCAGAUCCUCGCAAGCAGAGAAGAAAUUACUCUGAUUUGGCUUCCAGUAAUUAUUAUUUUUGGCUCUUUCGACUUAUUUGUUUAUAACGACUGAUAAUUUUUAUUUCUCAAAAUUAAUUCAAAAAGAUUAUUUUCUUCCAGUUACAGCAACUCUAAACUGUAUUAUUCACUCGUAGUGCCUUCCGGGUAGUUCUCUCCAGAUAUUACUUCUCAUAAAAAUAAACCAGCUUUAGUUAAACAA